AUGCCUUUGAGAUAUGCCAGACGAUCAGAUGAAGAUGACGAUUCUACCACGGCUUUCUUAAAGAUUGGAAGCUCAAAGGGUCAUGAAAAACAUUUUGAUUUUCCAAUCAAGACUAACAUUAACAAAGCAGUAGUGCGUAUUAUUGUUGUUACGUCCGUGUUUAGUGUCAUUUUCUGUUCAGCGAUUGUAAUAUCCAUCCAUUACAUGUACAAGAUUCGGGUAUUAAAGUAUAAAAGGCUGACAGAAACUGGGAACUUUGGAGGGCUGAGUGAAGAUUUGGCUUUGAGAAGGUUUACAUACAAUGAGCUGAGAAAAGCAACAAAUGAUUUCAAAGAAGAGUUGGGUAAGGGCUCUUUUGGAGCCGUUUACAAAGGGGCCUUAAACAAAGGUAAGAGGUUGAUUGCAGUGAAGAGACUAGAGAAGUUGGUGGAAGAAGGAGAAAGAGAGUUUCAAGCAGAAGUGAGAGCCAUUGGAAAAACCCACCAUAGGAACCUAGUUAGAUUGCUUGGCUUUUGCGCUGAGGGUUCUAAAAGGCUUCUAGUUUAUGAAUACAUGAGCAAUGGUUCACUUGGAAAGCUUCUAUUUGGUGAUCAAAGACGUCCAGAUUGGGAUGAGAGAGUAAAAAUAGCACUGGAUAUUGCUCGAGGGAUGUUGUAUCUCCAUGAAGAAUGCGAGGCACCGAUCAUUCAUUGUGACAUAAAGCCUCAAAACAUUUUGCUGGAUGAGUUUUGGACCGCUAAGAUAUCUGAUUUUGGUCUUGCAAAACUUCUAAUGCCGGACCAAACCAGAACUUUCAUCUGA